AUGGCGAUCAACAAGAUCGGUGACCAGGUGAAGUCCCACCUUGCCGGCCUGUUCACGGCGGACGCGAGCUCGCCCGCUGCCAAGCAGGCCAAGAAGGCAGGUGCGUCCGAGGCAGCGGAUGCGGGAAAACGCCACGCCAGCCCGUCGGCCAUCCCCUUCGAGAAGCCGCAGGCCAAGUGGUUACAGACCGCACUGGGCGACACUUUCGCGGUUUUCGGUGAGCACAUCGAGGAGCGCUUCGUGGGCAUCGAGCAGAGCGUGGCCUCCAUGUCGGCGCAAGUCCAGGACCACGAGGGGAAGAUCGAGGAGGCCCUGAAGCUGAAGGAGACGGUGGAGAAUCUCCUGGCAGAGCUACAGACCUUCAAGGACGCGCACCACGGCAUGGCAGACGGACCCGCUGCACCGGCUGCGGGAGGGGCGCACGACGAGGCACUGAUAAGGAAGGAUAUGGAGGAUUUGAGGAAGCAGGUGGAGCAGCAGACCACGAAGAUGGCCGAGGUCCCCUACGAGAUGCGCAAGGUGUGCAUCUGCGGUGGCUUGGGUUGGGACACGCCGCCAGAAACUUUACAGGAGAGGUGCCGGCAAGUCCUGCGCGAAGCCGGAUUGGAGGACAAGGUGGAGACCGUCGCGGCCACCCGGGACAUUCCUGGCUCCACCUGCGAGGUCGUGCUCCGCGACGCCGGCACGAUGGGUCCAGCUCGACUCCGGGUGAAGGCCCUCGGCAAGACCUUCGUGGCAAACAAGAAGGUGUGGUUCGACGCGAAACGGUCACGAGCCGAGAACGCACCGGCCCGCAUGAUGCACAAGGCGAAGGAGUACCUCGAGGCAGCUGCUACCCGGGACCGUGCCGUGGUGACCCUCACGACGGAGACCAAGUUCAAGCAGGUGAAGGCCAAUGAGAUCGUCAUCGGCUAUGCCUCGGAUGCUGCAUGGGCGUGGACACCAGCGGCAACCCAAUUCUACGCCGAGGAGGUGUUGGGGCUCAGCGCAGAUGUUGCGCUGGAGGCGUUAAUUCAUGAGCUCGAGGUCGAAUGGCCGCGUUGGUCUAUUGCAUUUUUGGCCGAGAGCGACGCCCACUACAAUUCAAGUUUCUCUUUGGAGCAGGCGACGCGUCACCACUACAUGCGGCACUGGCUGGGUCUGGGUUCUACACCUUUCACAGUGUUCGUUCGUGAUGCGCGGACGCCACAUUUGAAGGCCCUCAAGGCGCGUGGGCGCUGUUGCAGGGAAGAUUUCAACAUCGGCAAGGGCACUGCCGUCUCGAUCGUCAUGGUGCACGGGGGGCACGGUGACGAGCUUCUUCCUAGCCUCGCGGAUGCAACCGCUCUGGCCAAGGCACGUCCCAGACGAAGCCGCCUCAUACUCAUCGGCGACAUGAACGUCGACCUUUUACCCACUCUCCCCACAGAUCCCUUCGCUGGCUCGCCACACUGGAGCCGCAGACACCAGGAGGAGCGGAUGCACCUCCACAGCUUUCCGGACUCAUCCAAGAUACGAUGUAAGUUGCACGACAUCGAUCCCUUCACUGGGAAUUUUCCCGCCUCACCCAUGCACUCCCGCACAGCAUCGAUGACGCGAAUGCCCCCGCCAGGAACAACAGCGCAGCCGUCCCUGAUUGACCAUGUCGCUUCGGAUGGAUGCGUGCAUGCCGUUCGCGGCUACUGGACAGACUUCUAUUCGGAUCAUGCGGCAAUCGCUGCCUACGCAGACGUUGGCCAGGCGACACGGACGAUCGCUGGCCCCUCAACGUGGAGAUGCCGGGACGGCCAGGCCGCCGUCGCGCGGGCGAAGACACGCGCGCCUCAGACCUUCCAGAACACCGCUGACCUCAUGGCCUGGGUCGCCCAGCUCCAGCGCGAGAGCGCUGACAGCCGUGCACGCGCAGCCCGCCGGAGCACCAGGGAACCUCUAGCGGUCAAAGAGCUACGACACCGAGCCAGGGCGGCCACAGACAGGCGCCAGCAGCAAUGGCUUCGGAGGGAACUGCAUACAGCCCGCGUCACUUGGCUCACCACGCUUCGACAGAUCCGCCAAGCGCAACGACUGAACGAAGGCAAGGUGAACUGGAAGUCCAAGAAGAUUCUACCGCUCCGAGCCAUGCAAGCACCAGACGGAGGUGAGACCGUCGACCACCAGGAGUGGGCUUCCAUGAUCGAGGCCGAGUUCCGCGCUUUGUUGCGGUGCGGCAACCCGCGCCUUUUCUGCGUGCAGAACGAUUUCCUGCGGUCAUGUGGCAAUGCCAGCAUAACCUUCUCCAAGAAAGAGCUCGCAGAUGCGCUCGCGGGCCUCCGCCAUGCAGCGGUUAUAUGGGCAACCGGCAUCGCGGUCGCAGCUCUCUGGCUCCUCUACGAGGCCCGGCCGGACGCCGUGCACAAGGCCUUCCUCGACCUCGCGAGAAACCAAGAAGAAAUGGGCAGCCUCGUCAUCCUGGGCAGGGCGAGCGCGAAGCGCCCCGGAGCCAUCCCGCCCGCCAAGGUCCCCGCCAUACUUCUCUUGCCAGUGGCGCUGGCGGUCGUAGACUACCUCUUGGCAAAGCGUGUGCACGACAUCGUCGACAGGUACGCGGCCCGCGCCUUGCCGGCCGCGUCGAUUUCGCCGUACUUGGAGUGCGCCAAGAGCAGGCGCCAGACGUUAGAUGCCGUUCAUCCGCUGGCGCUCGUCAUCGAGAAAGGCAUGGGCGUCGAAUCCAAGGGCUGCGCCUGCCAGCAGGAUGUGCGGAAGUACUACGACGCCCCGCGAGCGGUUCGCGUCGCCAGAGCCGGCGCAGCCGGGCGCAUCCCUCUGCUGGACGUGGCGUCUCAGCGCAUGCAUUACUGGCAGUCCCUCGGCUUCGAAGGCACAGGGUUGGCAUCUUUCGUUGACAACCUCCUCGCAGCGCCCCGGGAUCCGUCCGCCGCCAUCCGCAUUCAGGAUGAUUGCGCGGAGCAGCUCAGUCGGCGCUGGAACUUGCAGAUCGGGGAGGAUUCCCGGGAAUACUUCAUUUGCAAGGGCGGGCGCGACAACGUAGUCUCGCCGCACAGCUGGGACAAGAAGGAGCCCAUGAAGACGCUGGGCCACAUUGACAACAAUGGUGGCAUCACCUCGUGCUACGCGGCGGCCACGGCGGCGAUGCUCCGAGCGUUCUUCGGCAAUCUGGAUAGAGGUCUGCGCCGGGCAAACGAGGGUGCGAAGCUCCGGUUUCUGACCAGUGGCGUAUUGAGCAUAGUUAAGUAUCGAUUCUCGCGGUGGCCUUACCAGAGGACGUACGCCAGCAGCCUCGACCGCCUGCAGCGCAAGCUCCUUGCCAUCACCUUCGACAUCCGGCCGGUGCCGAACGAGGAUUGGGGCGCCAUCGUGUUACGGCGCCGCACGAUCGCCCAGUCCCUGGCCGCGCGGACCGGGCGUUGGAGCCAGGCGUGGGCGAAGGCGCAGGCGUCGUGGGACGCCGCCCACGUCCGCCGCGGACACGACGUGCAGGCUUGGGCGCCGCGCGUGCUCGGCUAUCGCGGCGCGGAGUGGCUGAGCUGGCAGCGCCUGAUCACACCUCGCGGGCAGGAGUCGCG